CAACGCAGCCUCAGACAAUGACCCUGAGAUGGACGGAGAGGAUGGGGUGUCCUUCAUCAGUCCCCUGGGCAUCCUGUACACCCCGGCUUUAAAAGUGAUGGAAGGCCACGGGGAGGUGAAUAUUAAGCACUACCUCAACUGCAGCCACUGCGAGGGCGACGAGUGCCACCUGGACCCCGAGAGCCACCAGGUCAUCUGCUUCUGCGACCACGGCACCGUGCUGGCUGAGGACGGGGUCUCUUGCGUUGUGUCGCCCACCCCCGAGCCCCGCCUGCCACUCUCACUCAUCCUCUCCGUCGUGACCUCUGCCCUCGUGGCCGCCCUCGUCCUGGCAUUCUCCGGCAUCAUGAUCGUGUACCGCCGGAAGCACCAGGAGCUGCAAGCCAUGCAGAUGGAACUGCAGAGCCCCGAGUACAAGCUGAGCAAGCUCCGCACCUCAACCAUCAUGACCGACUACAACCCCAACUACUGCUUUGCCGGCAAGACCUCGUCCAUCAGUGACCUGAAGGAGGUGCCACGGAAAAACAUCACCCUCAUUCGGGGUCUGGGCCAUGGUGCGUUUGGGGAGGUGUAUGAAGGUCAGGUGUCUGGAACGCCCAACGACCCGAGCCCCCUGCAAGUGGCGGUAAAGACGCUGCCUGAGGUGUGUUCCGAGCAGGACGAGCUGGAUUUCCUCAUGGAAGCCCUGAUCAUCAGCAAAUUCAAUCACCAGAACAUCGUGCGUUGCAUCGGAGUGAGUCUGCAGGCCCUGCCCCGGUUCAUCCUGCUGGAGCUCAUGGCGGGAGGAGACCUCAAGUCCUUCCUCCGGGAGACCCGCCCUCGCCCGAACCAGCCCUCCUCCCUGGCCAUGCUGGACCUUCUGCACGUGGCCCGGGACAUUGCCUGCGGCUGCCAGUACUUGGAGGAAAAUCACUUCAUCCACCGGGACAUUGCUGCCAGGAACUGCCUCUUGACCUGUCCGGGCCCUGGAAGAGUAGCCAAGAUUGGAGACUUCGGAAUGGCCCGGGACAUCUACAGAGCGAGCUACUACCGAAAGGGCGGCUGUGCGAUGCUGCCCGUGAAGUGGAUGCCCCCAGAGGCCUUCAUGGAAGGAAUAUUUACAUCCAAAACAGACACGUGGUCCUUCGGAGUGCUGCUGUGGGAAAUAUUCUCUCUUGGAUACAUGCCGUACCCCAGCAAGAGCAACCAGGAGGUCCUGGAGUUUGUCACCAGCGGAGGACGGAUGGACCCCCCGAAGAACUGCCCUGGGCCUGUAUACAGGAUAAUGACCCAGUGCUGGCAGCACCAGCCCGAGGACAGGCCCAACUUUGCCACCAUCCUGGAGAGGAUCGAAUACUGCACCCAGGAUCCAGAUGUGAUCAACACGGCCUUGCCAAUAGAAUACGGCCCACUCGUGGAGGAGGAGGAGAAAGUGCCCGUGAGGCCCAAAGACCCUGAGGGAGUCCCUCCUCUCUUAGUCUCUCCCCCCGCAGGGAAAGGGGGGGACAGGCAGGACCCAGCCGCCCCGGCCCUCCUGCCCUCCACUUCCUCGGGCAAGGCGGUGAGGAAGCCACCGGCGGCAGAGGUCAACGUUCAAGUCGCCAGAGGGCCGGCCGUGGGAGGGGGACACGUUAACAUGGCAUUCGCUCAGUCGAACCCGCCAUCUGAGCUGCACAAAGUCCAGCGAUCCCGAAACAAGCCAACCAGCCUGUGGAACCCAACCUACGGCUCGUGGUUCACAGAGAAACCUGCCAGGAAGGCCCGCCCUCCAGCACAGAAGGAACCCGAGAGGGGAGGCCCGGGGCCCGGGGGCCCCGUCCCGCCCAGCGCUGCAGCGGGCAGAGUCCCCGGGGCCUCCCUGCUCCUGGAGCCGUCCUCGCUGACCGCCAGCGUGAAGGAGGUGCCCCUGUUCAGGCUGCGUCACUUCCCGUGUGGCACUGUCAACUACGGCUACCAGCAGCAGGGCCUGCCCCUAGAGGCCGCCGCCCCCGGGGCCAGUCACUACGAGGACACGGCCCUCCAAAGCCAGCCUGGGCCCUGAGCCGGGCCCUCACCUCUUUUCCUGGGGAACCCUGAGCCCAUGGAGGGGGGCGGGCCACGGCUCCUCCACACGCCAGACCAAACGCCACUUUUCCUUUCGUGCCAACUUGUUUUGAAGAGCCACAUCAAAGCUGUAUUUUCCAAAUGCUUUCGAGAGGUUUUGAGCAUGGGUUCAUCCUAUCAUUUCAAAAGAAAAACAUGUCAUAGAGACAAGUGGGAGGUACAAGGCCCGGAUUUGGCUGCCUAAGGUUGUCGUGCGCGGCUGAGGCCCACGCCCUCGGGGGGGGGGG